UUAGAGCAAACCCUUGCUGUUCAUCGCUAUCUCUUCGUGCAAAAUUGACUAAAGAUGCGCAUGACAAGCUUUUCAGCCCCUGACAAAGAGUCUCCCUGAUACGCGGCUAGAGACAUGCACGUGUCAGCCAAUGCUGGCUUCGGAGUAGUAGAGCCCGGGAUAGCAUUGGAGACAACAUGCGACGAUGCUUGUCUUUGAUACAUAAAGCGUAGUCUCGCAUGGCGAUAGAUCCACUUUUCCACAGCAUCUGACAUCGUUACUCAAGAUGGGUCUCGCAGUCACUGUCUUCUCCGCUAUCUUUCUAGCGACCGGGGGUUUCCUCUUCGGUUACGACUCUGGUAUCAUUACCUCGACCAUCGCUCUCGACACCUUCAAAGAGUACUUCAGCGAUCCUUCGGACGAUGUCGUUGGUGGCAUUGUGUCUGCCUUUCAGGGUGGCGCGAUUGCAGGAACCAUUUUCAAUAUGCUGUUCGCGGACAUGCUAGGCCGUCGCUGGACUAUUUUCGUCGGGGCUGUCAUUUCUAUAUUGGGCAGUUCCCUUCAAGCAGGCGCUGUCAAUAUGGCCAUGCUUAUCGUCGGUCGCUUUAUCGGUGGAGUCGCAGUCGGUCAGCUCACUUCGACCAUUCCUAUGUAUGCUGGUGAGCUUUCGGAGGCAAAAUAUCGUGGCACCCUUUCGGGUCUACUACAGUGGAUGUUGAGUUGGGGCUUCUUUGUCGCCCAAUGGCUCGGAUAUGGCUGCUCCUUCAACAGCACCCAAUUUUCAUGGCGCUUUCCGCUUGCGUUCCAGAACGUCCCCGGCCUCGUCUUGCUGGCUGGCAUCUUCUUCCUCCAGGAAUCACCUCGAUGGCUCAUGGAGAAAGAUCGCCAUGAAGAUGCUAUGGCCUCGCUGAACAAGCUCCGUAGGGGCCACGACGCGGAGACUAUCGACCUCGAAUUCCGAGAGAUUCGGGAUGUCAUCAUCGCGGACCGGGCUCUGGGCAACAUUAGCUGGACCUCGAUCAUCACUAAGACCUCAUGGCGUAAGCGUCUCUUGCUCGGUUGCGGUGUGCAAGCUUUUGGACCUCUAUCCGGAAUCAACGUUAUCAACUACUACGGCCCACGUAUCUACGAGAUCCUUGGAAUAUCGACACAAGAAUCGCUCAUGAUCAUUGGUAUCAGCGGUGCGCUUUCGAUCGUCUGGUGUACCAUUGGGCUUGCGCUAGUCGACAAGGUUGGACGUGUAAAGCCCCUUCUCAUAUCAGCUGCUGGCCUAGCGACAGCCCUGCUCAUCAACGCGGUACAGGGACAGUACUUCGAUCCCAACAACGGCCCACAACUGCGCAGUAUGGUCGCCAUGAACUUCCUCUUUUCGUUCUUCUACACACCUCUCGGUAUUAUAUCCUGGGUUUACCCCGCAGAGAUCUUCCCUAUCGAGUGCCGCGCCCUUGGUAAUGCCAUUACGACAUUCACAAACUGGGUUGUGAACCUCAUCUUCGCCCAGUUCUCUCCGCAAGCAUUAAGCUCCAUAGAGUUCAAGUAUUUCUACGUCUUCUUCUGCUUCAACAUUAUCGCCUUCCUUUGCUAUUGGUUCUUCUACCCGGAGACUAAAGGCAAGACUCUGGAACAGAUGGACGAACUCUUCGGUGAUCAGCUGGUGCUGCAUGCACUGCAAGAUCCCGCAGCGGCAUCGGCGGCUAUGGAAAAGGAGGAGAAACUACACGCAGAAGUAGCUUGAUUGUGAUUCGGUUUGGUUCGGUGCGCUUCGGCGCGUUACGGUGUGGCAUGGUGCGUUGGAUCGUACAAAUGAAGGUUGUAGGGGGUAGCUUAUGUCUUUAAUGAUUGUACCUGCAUGGACACGGUCUAUCUAUAAUC